UCAUCAUCUGCAUAGUUACUAAAUACCGGGCUUCCACAUAGAUUCAACUGCAGUAGAGAAUGGCAAGCAUCUAAUUGGCCAACGUUGACCAACUACAUGCAGCAACGUUUUGUCUGUCAAAACAUGGAUGGCCUCCCGCAUACUGUAUGGCUGCCUGAUCGACACAUUCACUUCUUAAAGAUGAUCUCUACUUCGAAGUUCUUAUAUUUCCAACGUUCCUUAUAAUUCCACUCUCAGCAGUCUCAAGUUCAAAAUCAAAUUACUUUCAUGCAAACCUACACUUAAUAUCGGAUAAACUACACCUUGACCCAGCAAUCCAAGAUGACAGAAUCUUCAGUUGUCCCUCUCCAGUCCAAGGACCAUAAGGCUCUGCUGGACAUCAUCGACAAACUACGUUCCAGAGGAAUCAACCACUACGUGGACCUACCGCAGAUUGUAGUUUGCGGCGACCAGUCAUCUGGCAAGAGCUCAGUGCUGCAAGCAAUCUCACGCUUCUCCUUUCCCACCAAGGACAACCUCUGCACCCGAUUCGCAACAGAACUUGUUCUCCGUCACACCGACAAAGGCUCCGAAGAGAAGUGCAGCGUCUCAAUUCACCCCGGCAGCGACCGUUCGCCUGAGGAGAGAAAUAGACUGGAAUCGUUCCUGCACUCGGAGAUACCCGAACAACGGAACAUUGGUCUACUUGUCGACAAGGCUAAGGAUUUCAUGGGUCUUAAUGGCGACCAGAGCAAGACGUUCAGUAACGAUGUUCUCCGCAUCGAACUGUCGGGCCCAGACCAGCCGCACUUAACCAUCGUCGACUUACCAGGGCUGUUCCGCGCCGGCAACCGAGAGCAGUCGUCCGAGGAUGCUGCUGUUGUGCGAUCUCUGGUGCGAUCCUACAUGAAAAAUCGUCGCAGCAUCAUCCUAGCCGUGGUCUCUGCGAAGAAUGACUUCGCUUUGCAGGAAGUCACCCGAUACGCCCGAGAGAUCGACCCUCAGGGCCAGCGGACCAUGGGCCUCAUCACCAAACCCGAUGCACUGGAUGUCGGAUCUGACAGCGAGCGUGCCUACGUUGAGUUGGCGCAGAAUCGUGAUGUCAAAUUCCGUCUGGGCUGGCACGUUGUGCGAAACCGGGACUUCUACUCUCGGGAUGCAACGAAUGAGGCGCGGGACCAGGCCGAGGCUGAAUUCUUGUCUCGCGGCGUCUGGGCCGACAUUCCCCGAAACCAUAAAGGAGCCGCUUCUUUACAGGUGCGGCUGAGCGACGUAUUAAAGGAUCUCAUUCUCGACCAGCUCCACGUUGUCAUGGAAGACAUCGAGAAUGGAAUCAAAGAUUGCUCGAACCGACUUGAGAAGGUAGGGACCGCAAGGGGCACGGUUGAAGAGCAGCGCAAGUACCUUCUGCAUACGAGCCACCUAUUCUCCAGUCUCCUGCAGGCCGCUGUGGAUGGGGUGUACCGAGACAAUUUCUUUGGAAACGCGCGCGAGGGCGAAGGCUACCGCAAGCGGCUCAGGGCGGUGGUGCAAAAUACCUUGACGGACUUCUCUGAGUGCAUGCGUAAACGCGGACAGGCGAGACGCAUCGUCGUUGAUGACGCCGAAGAAGCCGAUGAACAUACCACUCCUAACACUAUCCGGAGGCAGCAUUACUUGAUGGAAGUCAAGGAACUGAUGAGGAGGACCAGAGGAUGCGAACUACCUGGGACCUAUAACCCUCUCAUCAUAGGAGACCUUUUCCAUGAACAGUGCCAGCCGUGGAAGAAGUGGAUCGAGGAAUACUCUGGUCGGAUCAUGAAGGAGGUGGACUACUCGAUAACUGCCGUCUUGGCUCACGUGGUGGACGAGAUUACCGGAGCUGAGCUGUGGGCCGAGCUUCUGAGCCCAGGUCUUGACAAGUUGAAGGAGAAGUUCCAUGUCAAGGUCGCCGAGAUACUGGCACCGCAUGAGUCUGGACAUCCCAUCACGUACAAUCAUUACAUGGUGAACAACUUCCAGACAGCACUAGCACGGCAUCGCAGAGAUGACAUAGAACGGAGACUCAGGGCCUCGAGCCAAGUAAAUAGCGACAACGGACGUGUUUUCGGGAGUCUGGAAACCAUUCUCGAUGCCGUGGCGAGAGACACGGAAGCUGACAUGGAGACAUUUGCGUGUUCCACAGCGACUGAUAUGAUGGAGGCUUACUAUAAAGUGGCAUUGAAGAACGUGGUGGACAACUUUGCCAGACUGGCAGUUGAAGCUUGUCUAGUUGCCAAAAUACCCUCUUUAUUCACCCCAGACAUUGUGUUUGGCCUGAGCGAUGAGGAUGUCCAGCGAAUCGCCACUGAAAACGAAGAUAUUGUUUUUGAGAGGACAACCCUGACAGAGAAGUUGGAAGUUCUCACCGACAGUCUGAGAGACCUGAAGCUCUUCAGCAGGCAUCAUCAGACCGCGCCUACAACGUAUGCACCGUCUGCCUCCGAGCGGCUCUCUUCCAGGUCCUCUUCCCGGGAAACCAAGUACAGCCGGUCCCGAUCGAGCUCAGAAAGGUCGUCGUAUCCUGUACCGGUGGAGAUAUGCUGUGAGGAGGCUGGGGUGGAAAUUUAUUCGCCUCCUGCGCCACGUGUUGCGUCUUUCAGAUAACUGGUUCUAGAGAGUUAUAGCACCGAAGAUGAAAAAGUGCAACAAGGGCAGGAAGCAUAGGCCUGUCUCUAGCUGUCCCUAUUCCCCUGUUGAGGUUGCUGUAGGCUGUGAUGGUAUGGAAGCCUGAUGGGAUAGAUAGGCAAAUGAUAAAUAUGGAUUUGUAAACUAUGUAUGAGCUGGAACCGUAAAGCACAAAAGAACAUUUAGGGUAAAUGCAGCGCAAGGAGGAAAUUAAUGAUGUCGCCAACCGUAGGC